UGCUCUCAGUCCGUGUGCGGGUGAAACAACCUGCAGAUACAGCAGCAGCGCAGGGAGUCAGUGCGCUUCUCAGGUUUUGGAGACAAACGACGCUGAGCAUCACUCCAGGAACACAUAUCUCAUAUCUGGAUAGUUUUAUUUACAAUAUAUAUUUUUUUUCAUUAUUUUUAUUAUUGCAUGAUUGUUGGUUUUACGCAUCGGGUGCACCUGUGGAUUCACCGCUGAUAUUUGGACUGAAACCUGCAACAGCAACAACUAAAAAGCGAUUUCUUUCAACUCUCAUUUGAUAUUCCUUUACGCUCAAACGGCUCCAGUUGUUAUUUAUUUAUUUUUUAUUAGAGGAGUAGCGCACAAUGCUGUUGGGAGUCUUCCUUCUGGCGGUCCCUUUACUGAGCAUCCCCGGAUGCGAGGCGUCUUUCGUGCCGUGUGAGCCGUGCGACCAGAAGGCCCUGUCCAUGUGUCCCCCGGUGCCUAUGGGCUGCCAGCUGGUGAAGGAGCCCGGCUGCGGCUGCUGCCUGACGUGCGCGCUGGAGGAGGGCCAGACCUGCGGGGUGUACACGGGGCCAUGCAUGCGUGGCCUCCGUUGUCUGCCCAAGAGCGGGGAGGAGAAGCCGCUCCACGCGCUCCUGCACGGCCGGGGGGUGUGCGCCAACGAGAAGCUGCACAAGCUGCAGCAUCCACCUAAAGAGCCAGUAGAAACCAAAGUGCCCCUAUAUGGAGAUCACAUCAACAGUCGGAAGUCGUACGCAGUGAACAGAGCCAAGGAACACAAGAGGUAUAAAUCGAAGCAAGGGUCUACCAUCAACAGAGAACCAUCCCAACCUAGCCAGGAUAAAGUGGAGCUGGAAUUUGGGCCUUGCAAAAGAAAACUUGAUACUCUCAUUCAUGGCAUGAAGGACUCUCGGGUCUUGACUCUUUCUUUGUAUGUACCCAACUGUGACAAAAAGGGAUUCUUUAAGCGCAAGCAGUGUAAGCCCUCUCGUGGACGGAAACGGGGUAUUUGCUGGUGCGUGGACCGCCUCGGCCAUAAAAUCCCAGGUAUCACCUCUCCCCGUGGUGAACUGCAGUGCAAAGACCUGGACAGCAUCAACAAUAGCAACGAGUGAAAGUGAAGAGCCUGCAGAGCCCAUUUUCUUCUUCUUAAAUCCUGCCAAACAAGCUAGCAUACUUAAUGACUGAAACUCAAGAGAACAUGGCACAAACACUUUUUCUUGUUAAUUGUGAUGGACUGCUGUAAAGGAGAAGCAAACUUUAUACCCUAUAUCAAAGAGAAAUAUAUAUAUAUACAUAGUUUAUCUUUGUGUUUAUAGUCUGUUGAUUUUUUUUUUUUUCAGUUAUGAAAACAAGACAACACGUAAUUCAACUGUGGCUAACUAUCAUUAUUUUGCAGUUAUUUUUUAUGCUGUUCAAAAGUUAUUAUGGGCCCCAGAACUAGAAGACAUUAUAUUUAGUCAUUUCAGGUUUAGAGACCUUUACAUGUGCCGUUAAGAGAGGUGGGGGAGGGGGCAUAAAUUAUAUUUUCCAACUAAUACAAAACAAAACAAAAAAGAACAUGCAAACAGAGAUUAUACAGAUGGUACAUCAGAAAAGAUUUAAACCUCUUUUAGAGAAAAAUUUUCAACAUAAUCUCAAUAUUCUUGAUAAAUUAAAACAUUGUUAUGAUUUUAUUCCUUUUUUUGUUUUACCUAAUUCAAGACAUAAACUAAAAAACAAAUAUACUCAGUGAAAAGCUCUAUAUUGUUUAGUUUAGGUCAAAUUCACUUCAUUUUGUAUCGUAAUAACAUAUACAUGAACUCUGUAGAGCAGACACCAUUAGCUUACAACAAUUUCAUCCUGUCAGACAUUUCCGUUAAGCUAGUUACUGUGAUUGUUGAAGAUUUUGCCAUUUUAAUAUGAUAAGUUU